AUGUGGCUGGUCUCCGAUAUAAUUAGACUUGUCCCCGUUUUCUUCAACUUGGUGCCAGGAGUGACUCUAAAUUCCUACAUAGUCGCUGUGUAUGUCCGGGAAUGGAGGAGGAAAAAAGGCUUCAAUGUGCCGGACAGAAUCGUCCUCUUGUUGGCUCUCACCGGGAUCGUCUACCAAAUCACUUUCACCAUCGAAGUUCUGAAAUUUUACUUUGAGUCUCACUCAUCACCGGGCAAAUCACUUCAAAUUUAUAUUGUUGUUUUUAACAUCUUUCUGAUGAAUGGGAACCUCUGGAACACGGCUUGGCUUUCCCUCUAUUACUGCCUGAAACUGGUCAAAUGUUCCCACCGCAUUUUCCUUCCGUUACAGAGAAGAUUGUCCUCUUCUAUCACCCAGAUCCUCAUCGUCUCCUUGGUAGGAUUGUUCUUCAUAUCUCUUCCCCUUCCUUGGACUUUACAUUUACAUUACAAAAUAAUCAAAGAUCCCUCUGGAAUGAAUCAUACACAUCCGGUUAUUGACAUGGAUGUCCGAUACGUUCCCCUCUAUAUGGUUCUUGGUUCUCUUCUCCCGUUUCUUCUGAUCUUCCUCUGCAUUGGGCUCAGUGUGAGGUCUCUCCUGAGUCAUGUCCACCAGAUCCGUCACCAUUCAUCUCAGUUCAGCUCAUCUCCACAACUAGAGGGUCACCUCCGAGCCGUCAGGACCAUGAUCCUCCAGGUCUGCCUUUGCUUGGCUCUGUAUCUGACUUUGUAUGAUGAUCUCCUGUUUCCCAUCGAGAUAGGAACCGUUGCUAAAGUCGUGUCUUUUACAAUCAUUACAUGUUACCCUUCUUUUCAAGCUGCCAUCUCAAUCCAGGGGAACCCUAAGUUAAGAAACAGACCCCCGACUCGUGAUACGCCCAUUUGCAGCACAUAG